CUCCCAUUCAUCAUUCUCAUUUCCCUUCGUCCCCAUACCAGCCCAACCGUGCUCUGUGCAUACUUGCAUAUCGACAUCUCAAGAUGGCCGCUCGCUCCCCCGGUUAUCUUCCCACGUACACGGGUCUCCCGUUUAACAAUUUCGGCAUCACCGACGGGAAGAUCCUCACUGUGGCUGCCGCUUGUCGCGCUUAUCGAUCAGCCCCCUCCUUGCUUACUGAUGUUGGAUGGCUUCCGUUCUUAAGCUAUCAAUAUGCGUACUGGCCCGUCCAGUAUGAGGACGGUCUGAGGGUCUUUGUCAAAGUCCCGGUGCUCAAUAACGUGAUCCCCGAUUAUAACACAAUGACCUACAACCUCAUGGUACGUGAAUGCGCGAUGCUGGUGUUCCUGGAGAAUCGGGGUUUCCAAUGGUCGCCUCGCCUGCUCUACCACACCAUGGAGCUCGAUAGUCUUCUGGGACUUCCGUACAUGAUCGAAACCAUGCUUCCCGGAAAGCGGCUGGACUGGACCAACACGGCCCCCACCGACAAGGCGAACCGGGAGAAAGUCCUGAGCCAAGUUGCGAAGAUCAUCUUUGAGUUUGCUCGGGUCGACCCAAAGGAUGGCGGUUCUGGGGGUCUUCGGCAUUAUUUCGACAGGGAAAUAGACCAGAGAUUGUUUCGCCUGAUUAGAGGUCUGGAUCGAGAUUACAAGUAUUCCCUCUACUCAUGUUUCGUCCUGCGUGCCCUUGCCCGCAAAUCCGCAGAGGGAAAGGAUACCAACACGGUCUGGGUCAACUCGCAUGAAAACCUCAGGGCUCACAAUAUUUUCGUUGACGACGACUUCAACGUGACUGGUUUCGUCGAAUGGGGGCUCGUCAACACGAUGCCUGCCCGCUUGGCCUUCCGCUUCCCUACCUUCCUACAACUCAAGAGCAAAGUAUUUCCGAGAGUCAUGCCUUCAGAUCCGCGUGCAUACACCAAGGAGUUUCUCGAGGUCCCAGCACUCAUGAAGGUUGAUCGUGAGUGCUUCGUUGCCCGCAUGCAAUACGAACAUGCAACACAAGCCAGCCGAUCUGCUAUCGGUCAUCUCUCACCUAAAGGGUGGGAAAUGAUGUGUUGGGACCUCGAAAGCGUGGAUUGGAGCCACAUGAUUUUCGAUGCAGUCUUGAGCCGCAACACCCACCAGCUCAUGUCAGCACGACAUUUCUUCAUCAGUUGCCUCCCAGAGUUCACGCCCGAGAGAAUCCAGGAACUUUACAAACAUGAUACGUUCCAUCUCGAGGCCUUAAAGUUCUACUUCCGGAAUCUUAAUCUGGCAAACCCAUGGGCGAACGGGAUUCGGACGACUAAUCUGCUGCACAUGGCAGCUUGCAGACGGUUCCCCUGGGAGUUUAUCGAGAUAGUGCUGAAAGAUGCAUUUGGUCGGUACGAGGGUUGGGUAGACCAGCGUGUUUGUCUUCGCUAAGUUGUUGAUUCAUCGACAAGAGCAGCACCG